ACACACACACAGGGGCCGUUUUUACAACUCUCAGCAGCUGUAGAGGGAUCACACUCCUUGGAGGACCUCUGUCUUUGUGAUGGAGCUCUAACGUCGCUGCUAUCACUGGGACUAAAAAGCGACUUCAGGUAGGCGUCGCGUCUUCUUGGAUAAUCUGCCGUCCGCGCUCCGCUGACCCAAGAAUACAAGUCCUAACGCAAGCAAGACGGAUACCGUGACGAAACCUGUGGGUCUGUGGCUUUGCAGAUGAAGUUGUCUUGAUCCCCCCCCCCCACCCACCCACCCCCCCUGCCUGCCUGCCUGGAGUUUCACCAUGGCCCAGGGCCAGGCGGUCAACAUGAGUCUGAUGGACAUUUCAAAGAUCUUCUCCCUGCUCCAGCCCAAGGAGGAGGACGAGGACGGCGAGCAGGGUCAGGCCCUGAACAGCGCCGUGAGCGCUGACGACGCCGCCCUGCUCUCUGAGCUCCUCUCGCAGGAAAAAUACCGGAGGUGUAUCAAUGCUCCGAGCGGCUGGGGGGUCCCGGUGACCCCGCUGCGCACCGCCGCCGCCCUCGGACACCUGAGGUGCCUGGAGCUGCUGUUGGAGCACGGUGCAGAGAUAGACGUUCUGGACGUGAAGGCCCAGACUCUGUUCACGGCCGUGGGUGGGAAACACCUGGACUGCGUGGUGGCCCUGCUGAAGGCUGGCGCCGACCCCAACGGCAGCCAGUACAACAACUGCUCGCCGGUGCUGACCGCCGCCCGGGAGGGCGACGUGGACAUCCUCCGGGAGCUGCUGCGGUUCGGAGCCGAGGUGGAUGUCCGGCCCAAAGUCCCAGAGUGGGCGUCUAACGCCACGGCCUGCCGAGGGCCCCUGUACAUCUCGGCCGUGUACGGACACCUGGGCUGCUUUAAGCUGCUCCUGCUCCACGGGGCCAACCCGGACUACAACUGCACCGACGACAAGAUGCUGGCCAGGAUAAAGCAGCCCAAGACGGUAGUGGAGGUGUGCCUCCGUUACGGCUGCGGGGUGGAGUACAUUCAGCUGCUCAUAGACUUCGGGGCAGACGUUUACCUGCCCACCCUCAUCAUUGACAAGACCACCAAGCAGAAUGAAGCUCUGCUGCUGCUGCUCAAAGAGAGAGUUUGUCCCAAAACACUGAUGUCACAGGCUCGGCUGGCGAUCCGAAGACACAUCCCGUUUGCCGACAAGGACCCCGCAGUAGACAGUUUGGACAUACCUCUGAUCCUGAGGAACUACCUAAAGCACAGGAACUCUGAGCUCUGAGUGACGUUAGUUUGAGUUUGCUGAAUGGCUCGUUUAUGCGUUCUCCAUCUCUUCCAGUGAGGGAACCGUAGUCCCAGUUCCUCGGUGAACAAAAAAAACAUUGACACUCCUUGAACUCUCCCACCUUUUUGGUCGCAGUUGCCACCACAGACUUCAAUGCAUUUUGAUCAGAUCAGACAUUAAGUGUUACACCCAAAACCCAGAAGGGCACAAUUCUUGUAAAGUGGAAGGAACAUGAUGCACGGUUUUGAAAAUCUCUUACAAGUGAAAAUGUUAGCGAUCCGGCUUUGGUUUUAUUCAGCCUCUGGGCCGAUACUUUGUAGAACCAUCUGUUGUUUCUAUGACAGCAGCAAGUUAUUUUGUUUUGGGGAGGGGAGGUAUGCCAAUGCCUCCAAAUACUGACAUUCUUGCACAUUUUUCUUAGUGCAAUAGCUGAAGCGCAGUCAGAUGGAAAGUAAUGUAUCUGUAAAGACCCCCUUUUCAUCUGGCCCUCUUGCAGAUAUCCCUUUGGAUUUAGGCCGGACUUGGACUGGGAUGUUCCAACACAUGAACGCGAUUUGAUCGUAACCGUUUCGCGGCAUCUCUGGCUGUAUGUUUACGCUCGUCGCCCUGCUGCUGGGGGGGGGGGAUUCUCCACCUCGGUCUCUGACAGGUUUUCUUCCAGGAUUAGCGCCGUUCAUCUGCAGCCAUGUUUUACUGUUCAGGUGAUUUGCAGUGCUAAGCUUUCCCACCACACACGGCAUUGAACAUGCAGGCCGAACUGAUCAAGGUUGCCAACAUCUGACUUUGCAAGGUCGACUGCACAGCUUUUGACCAGCUGGACUUCUUGCCAUUGGUUUAUAGGAGUCAGAUUGGUGGAGUAAUAGCUGUCCAGUCAACAGCUUGUCCCACCUGAGAUAAGGAUCUUUGCAGCUCCUCCAGAGUUACCACAGGCCUCCUGGCUGCUUCUCUGAUCAAUGUCCACCCAAACCAGUCGGUUUGGGUGGACAGCCAUGUCUUGGUGGGCUGUACUCCUUUCAUUGUCAGAUGAUUGAUGGAGCCGAGGCGUUUAAAACUUGAGACGUUUUCUAAGCCAACUCUGCCGUUUUAUCCCAGACCUGUCUGGUGUGUUACUUGGUCUUCCUGACGCCGUGUGAAGCCUCGACAGUCCACCUGGAUUUAUACUGAGAUGGAAUUACCCACAGGUGGACUCUGUUUAAUAAUGAGGUGGCUUCUAAAAAAAACAAUUGUUUGCCCUGGAUCUUUGUUUUAGGGGCAUCAGGGGAAAAAAAGGGCUUUGAAUACCAAUGCUCACAUGUGUCAGAAUCCUAUUCAUGUCCUUUUGCUCCCCGUCUGCAAAUCACCUACGACAUGCCGGUGGUCUGUCUCACAAAUACCCAAGAAAAUAUAAUAAAGUUUGUGAUUUUAAUGUGACAAUUGUGUUUCAAGACAUCGCCGGGCUCUUUAAGGCUAAUAAGCGCGUUUCACUGAUGAGGACAAAGGAUUAUCCUCAGGGAGUCCAUGUUGGGAAAUCCGUGGGAGGUGCAACAUCACGGCCGGCCACUAGAGACCACAGUAGCACAGCACAAUGCUUCUGUCCCCAUUCGAAAGCUCCUCAUGGAUCGACCCUUGGUGUGUUUUCCUAUCAGGUUCUUUCUCUCUCUCUCUCUUUUUCUCUUUUUGCAAAUUAUUUCCCCCCACUGAAGAAUCACAUGCACACACACACACACACACAGGCACAGGCUGUCUGCAUCACACCAGGAUGUCUCAGAUCUCAGGCAGAAGAAGAAAAAAAAAAAA